AUGAGGCGCGUUGCACUUGCCAGUGCUGCCCUGGCCUUUUCUGUCUGCCCGCCCAAUGGGUGGGAGGUGCCUCUGCUGCUGUGGCAUGCCUCACGGCUGCCCUGCGACUGGCCGGCGCCUCGGCGCGUCAGCUCGGCUAGGUGUAGCGAUAGUGGCCAGCGCAACUCCUCUCGCCUGGACUCAACGCUCAGCCACGGAGCUCCCGCACGCGCUGGCGCGAGGCAUGGCGCAUGCAACGCGUCUGAAUGCUCGCCUCGCCUCACGCAAAUGCGACCGUCCUCGCAGCCGACAGUCCACCGCCUGCUGAAGGAGCACACUGCGACGAAUGCGGCACCGGCGACGCAUGGCAGGCUGGUCAUGACGCAGUUAUAG